CCUCACUGAAUCGUCCCGACCGUAGCUGUUGCUCUGGGCUUUGUGACAUAUGUACAGAUGAGUGGCUUUGUUCACGAACCUCGUGGUCCAUUGCAACGUUUUCUCGUAGUCCUCUUAAACAAGUGAUUGCGCUCGCUGUGCCCAACCCAGAGCGUCUGCACGAUAUCAGUCACGACUACACGACGAUCCAAUCUUACCGCGCACAAGACGAGAAGGUUAAAAGAGCUAAGGAUGGCGCUGAAGGACUUGUUGAAGAGACACAAGGCCGAAGAGCAGGCCGAAGUGCAGGGAGAAGGUUCUGCGCAAGCCAAAGGAGUCGGCGUUGAAGAGCAGUCGCCCGGCAAACCAGACGUUCCUGAAUUCACCUUCAUGCGCACAACAACCUCUACGCAAGAAAUCAUAACGCCGCCCUCGUAUCCUGGCGACAGUUCGAACCUGAAGCCGGUGUCAUAUCAGGGUCAUACCCCGGCAAAGCGCAUGAGCCGGUUCCGCAGACAUUCGAAUGCAGCUCAAGAGUCGAGCGAACCCAGAUCCUCACUUGAAGGUAGUUUUACGAGCAAGCACGAGAAGCGACUUAGCGAGCGAUUGCACCUCAGCCAUCGAUCGCGAAGCGCCAGUACGAGUUCAGUGAACCUUCCUGAAGGCCUCGAGGAGAUCGAAGCUGUAGGCCAGGACGAGGAGAGGUGGGAGAAACGGGCCACCAUUCUCGCGAAAAGCAACCCGAACCAAGAGGGCGGCGCCUCUUUGAACAGACCCACGUCGCCGCUUAGGACGCCCAGCAGAGAAGAGAUCGCUCACGGAGACGACGACAUACAAGAGGCGAUUCGCCUCCAUGAACAGGGCGAUCUCACCAAGUCAACAGAGAUGUUUGGCCGCCUGGCCGACCCCAAUGGAGCAAAUAACGCGCUUAGCCAAGUCCUAUACGGGCUUGCUCUUCGCCAUGGAUGGGGCAUUCCAAAGGACGAAGCCCGCGCCGUGACAUAUCUCUCCGCCGCGGCGUCCAACAGCGCCGACAUUGAAGAACUGGCACUGCAAGCUGGGAUGAAGAAGGGUGGCGCAGCGAAGGGCGAGCUUACUCUCGCGAUCUUCGAGCUGGCGAACUGCUUCCGAAAUGGGUGGGGAGUGAAGAAGGACGCCCUGGCUGCGAGACAGUAUUACGAGACCGCUGCGAAUAUGGGCGAUACGGACGCUAUGAAUGAGGUUGCUUGGUGCUACCUGGAAGGCUUUGGGUGCAAGAAAGACAAGUUCCGGGCUGCACAGUACUUACGCCUUGCUGAAGAGAAGGGUAGUAAGACUGUGGGGAAUCAAUGGUACGUAUUUAGCCCCUCCUAUUCGCCCUAUAUCCCUAGACGUAGAGGAUGCAUCGUUUCCGGUGAAGAACCCGUCUUGCACAAGACAAGGCUCUCUCUGCUCCAAGCGGAUCUCGAGGAUCUGUUCCAAUGCCUUGGUCUGAAGGCAUAGUCUCGGACGACGAUAGGACUCAAACUUUUUCAUCACACGGCAGGAUCGUUCGCAGGAUGCCUAUGGGAACUAGGCAUGAUCUGGACGUCAGAACGAGGCUUCUGGGAUGAUUGAAUGACUUGUUCUCCGUUCCUGGUUGUCGCUUCGACACGAUGUUUCAUCACGUGCGAGUUGGGGAAAAUGAUAGGACCAGCGGCCUCCAUUUUCGCAGCCCGCCCACGCAGCGUGCAGCAAGCGUGCAUGCACGACGCACC